AGUUGUGAUACAUCACCCUUUGGAUUGUUUUAACGACUCGAGUUAGAACGUCUGUUCCAUCGUGAGCGUCAGCAGCACCGACAACAGCUAGAACCCCAAGAAACAGUUUGCACAUCAUACUGUCGCAAUCAUCUCGUUUGCAAUCCACGACCCCGCCAACCCGCCAAUUGUGCAUCGAAAUUCAAAAGACCAAGACCCAACUUCCACACUAAACGGCUCCAGCUUACGACGCCGAUGCACCAUGGCGGCCGUGCCAUUCAAAGUAAAGGCCGUCUACGAGUACACCUCUGGCCACGAGGACGACUUACCUUUCGGCAUCGGUCAGAUCAUUACAGUCACUGACGAGGAAGAUGAUGACUGGUACGGUGGUGAAUAUGUCGAUGACCUGGGUGUGAAGCGAGAGGGGAUAUUUCCACGAAACUUCGUAGAGAAAUACGAACCGACUGCCCCGCCGCGCCCAACGAGAAAUCGGAGGAAGGAGGCUGAACCCACUGCUUCUUCACCUCCUCCGCCACCGCCUAUUGCUCCAUCAGAACCCCCCUCUGUGGAACAGUUUGUGGAUGUACCAUCAAACGUGGCUCAUGACGAACCACAUAUUGCUUCACCUACCAUUCCGCCUCCUGCACCCCGUUCUCCUCCAGCUCCUGUUGCUCCUGUGGCUAAACCGCCAGAGCCGUCUCCCAUCCCGGCUCCCGUCCCUGUCGAAGCUAAGAUGCCUGAGCCAACAAGUCCGCCUUUUACUGCUCGGCCGGCACCAAGAGCCCCAGCCCCGGCCCCGGCCCCAGCUCCAGCUCCGGCUCGGACCGGUCCUCCCCCGGUAUCUGAAAAGCCCGCCAGUAACUCGUUCAAGGAUCGUAUCGCUGCCUUCAACAAGCCAGCGGCCCCGCCCGUUGCGCCUUUCAAGCCUGGCAAACUAAGCUCCGGUAGUUCCGGCUUCAUCAAGAAGCCAUUCGUUGCUCCCCCGCCGAGCAGGAAUGCUUACGUUCCUCCACCUCGCGAUGUACCUACUGCGAAGGUCUACCGACGAGACGAAGAUCCCGAGAUAAAAGCUAAAGAGGCGGAAGCUCUGGAGAACGCUGAGAAAGCCGGUCUUGUCCCUACAAGUGCCGCGGAAGGCCAAGCGGAAGAUCAACCUAAGCCAACUAGCUUAAAGGAACGAAUUGCUUUGCUCCAGAAACAACAGGCCGAAGCAGCCCAGCGGCAUGCCGAUGCUGUUGCCAAGAAGGAGAAGCCUAAGCGUCCCCCCAAGAAGCGUUUCGAAAGCGAGGAAUCUGCAGUCGCCCCUGUUGCCACCACCCCUGUUACCACCGCUCCUGUUGAGGAAGCAAUAGAUGUCCCGGCUCCUUUGGAGAAGCAAGAUACGGCCGAGGUUGCCAGUAAGAAGUCCGUUGAUGAGCCUAGACCUCCAAGACAAUCGUUAUCCGUUCGACGGAAAUCUACCACAGCACCUGCAGAAAAUGACGGCAAUGAGGCGGACAUGUCAGGCGCCGGGGAUACAACGGAGGGACAGGAAGAUAUCACCGAAAGGGAAGACAGCGAUGAAAAGUCGCGUCCUCACGGAGCCGCUGUUCCUGGGCCGGAAAUUCCAGAAGGUGAAGAGGAAGGUGCGGAAGAAGAAGAGGAGGAUGUUGAUCCUGAAGUUAGACGAAAAGAAGAACUUCGUGCUAGGAUGGCAAAGAUGAGCGGUGGCAUGGGUUUCCAUGGCAUGUUCGGCCCGCCUGGGAUGAUGUCCAUGGGAGCCCCGGCAAGUGCUAAGAAGCCUAGGGCAUCACCCCCAUCUGAGCGUCGCUCUAGUGAGCUAUCGGAGAGGCCUUCAUCAUCUAGAAUGGCGGCCCCUCCCGUACCAACCAUGAUGGCUCUACCCGGGAUGGGGAUGCCGAAGCAGCAACAAGAAGAAGAAGAAGCUGCCGAGUCCGAGCACGAGGAACCAGGCGGGCAGGACACUACACCCGUUGUCAGUGCCCAACCGACUGGUUCGAUCACAGAACCUCAACCAAAAACUCCAGGUGCCCCGCCUCCUGUUCCUGGAGGGAGACCUGCACCACCUCCGGUGCCUGCGGAUUCUCGACCUCCGCCUGCCGGUGUAACUUCUCCUAGUCAAGGCUCCGAAUCCGAUGAUGAGUUGUCAGAGAAUCCUCAAAGAGCUCUCGAGACCCCUCGAAGCGAAGCUCCGUCGAAUCGGGCUCCCCCUGUCCCGUUAGGAUCUCCUGCGGUUCCGACGUCGCCGCGGGUGCCUAACAGGCGUACUUCCUACAUAGGAGAAGGGGCCUCGCCAACCUCACCGCCUCCUCCUCCGCAGUCGAGUAAGAGAAACAGCCGACCCCCGCCCCCUAUUCCAGGCGCCGCUCCUCCCCUUACCCAGAACCGUCCUCCUCCCCCUCCCCCUCCCGGUGGUCCCCCAAGUCGCUCAUCUACUGCUGACGAACGAAUCCUUUCCCCAAUGAGGCCUGGUGUAUUGGAUAAUGGCGAAGAGGGCGAAGUGACGGAGUAUGAAGGCGAUUACGACACUGAUAUUGGAUCUUCAGUCCACCAUAAGGAUGCGCUCAAGGCACAUGCGCGGGAUUCCAGCUUUGACGAUAGCACCUCAAUGCGUUCACCCGUUGGCGAAGGCCCGUCUAUGCUCCCGCCGAUGCCGGGCGCCGCUGCCCCAAGAACUGGUCCACCACCAGUUCCGAGCCAACCGGCACCGAGCUCAAGACCAUCGACAGAUGCACCCCGUGCCGUUCCUCCGCCACCGCCACCGCCAAAAGAGGUAUCGUACUCUUUUGACGAUGAAGAUUAUGAUCCUUAUAAUUACAACGCUACGCAAGACCUUGCCACUUCGAUCUCUCACGGUGCUGCCCAGGAUGAGGCAGCAUCAACACCACAACCGAUUUCAGCUUACCAUUCGCCUCCUCCGCCCCCUCCGAUUAACCGAGGGCCCCCACCGGCGCCACCAGUUAAUAGAGGCCCGGCUCGAAAAUCCUUAGACUUGCGAGCAGGUGGAAGGCGAUCAGUCGAUGUAUCCCGACCAUCUAUGGAAACCGGCUUCGUAGCAAAUGAGAUCGACCUGGCCCCUCAUACUCAAUGGUGGCUUCAGCCAAACGGAAUUCCUCCAGUUUUCCAGGGCAGGAAGGAUAUUUAUACCGAAUGUGAUGAGUCGACCUCUGGGACAACAGUUACUAAGGUCGUUUGUCUCCUAUUCCAAGAUUACUCGCAAACUAUUAUCACCAUUCAUUUCGAUAGCCAAAACCCCGCAGGUGCUCAGCUUGAGCAGCGCCACGAAGGUCCCCCUCGGACCCUUCGUCAGGACCAGCUAGAGGAGGCUUACGAGCGAUUUGGUCGGUCAAUUUCGAGCGCGGUUGCAUCAAGAAAAGACUCGGUUGUUGGGGACGGUACUCCUCAGGCGUUGAUCCAUGAGCUUCUCAAGCCCCUCAAAGAUGCCCUACUACCAGUCGGUACACGUACUUAUGGUGCUUUGGUUUACGCCAACCUGGCCAACGCUUCAACACAGUUGAAUGAUGAGAUAAGACCAGGCGACAUUCUUUGUAUUCGCAACGCCAAAUUCCAAGGCAAACAUGGACCUAUGCACGCGAAGUAUACAAUGGAAGUGGGCAAACCGGACCACGUGGCUAUCGUGUCAGAGUGGGAUGGUACAAAGAAGAAACUACGGGCUUGGGAACAAGGUCGUGAGAGCAAGAAAGUAAAACAGGAGAGUUUCAAGCUAGAAGACCUAAGAAGUGGUGAGGUUAAGGUCUGGCGUGUGAUGCCGCGUAGUUGGAUUGGGUGGAGUUCAGACUAGGAGCCUCGAAGACCAUCCUACGAAUAUCUGUGCCCGAUACUUAUGAGGGUCAGCACAGAUGGAAGGGUCAGUAUGGAUAGUUCGAUACAGAUACCGUUCUAGUCUUCAUCAUCUUCCCUAUUAGU